GUCCUUGAGAACGGAAGUUGGCAUAAUUAUAGUUAUGUGGAGGAACCUACAGUAAGUGACUAUUACCAGACACUCAUGGACACAGCAACAUUGAUACAAAAAUAUUACAUCUGGGUCAUCUUUUUCGUAGGAUUUCCAGGAAAUCUCGCAAGUCUUGCUACUAUUAUAAGAAUGAAACCAGUGACGUCACUAACGUGUUACGUGGCUUUGCUAGCCAUAGUGGAUAACACUACGUUAGUAAUAAAACUUACCCAUCUACUUCUCCAAGAUUACAAUCUAAAGAUCAUGUCGAAUUUUGAGUGCAAAAUUUUGACGUUUUUGGGAAAUGUCUUCUUAAAUUAUGCUAGUUGGAUUAUCGUGGCUAUGUCGAUCGAACGUUUUGUUGCAGUGUGGUUCCCGCUAAAGCUUGGAAUUAACUGGACAAUAAAAAGGUCGUUCCUUUCCAUGGGAAUACUCUUUUUGUUCCUUUCUGGAGUUUACAUCCAUUUGCUGUGGACGAUUACGUCAUAUUAUGGCAGUUGUGAGAUCGGUGAAGUUUACCAUAAUUAUUUCAUCACCAAAAUUUGGUACUGGAUCAGCGCUUGUCUAUACGCCAUUUUUCCUUGUAUUAUACUCUUCGUGUUCAACUUCUUGAUCAUAAUUGGUAUCCGAAAAUCAGCGGAUGAACACAAGACUUUAACAUUAUCACCAUCAACCGCGACACCGCACCGAGACGUGACAAUUAUGUUAAUUGUGGUGUCUGUGGUCUUUUUGAUCCUGACUGCUCCUAUUUGCAUAUUUCUACUUCUCGGACAAACAUGGCUUCCUCACAGGUAUAGCGAUGAGUUCGCCCAGAAGGUCCUGUGUCAACAAAUCGCGUACGUUCUCUGUGACACCAAUCAUGCCGUGAAUGUAUUUUUAUAUUUCCUCAGUGCCCGGAGAUUUCGUCGUCAUUUUAAUGAAAUUUACAGGUGUAGUCAUUCAUCGUCUCCCGAUACGGUGCUGCUUAGAAAUAGGACAUACAGAUACACUAAUAAACUGCAGUGUCCUAGCUCACACAUUGACGAGGACACAGAGUCAGUUUCAGCACUACGUCACCAAUCUUCUCAUUAGAUAUAUCAAGCCUUGAAAAACACCGAACAGACGUUUUGUUAAUAUAAGAUUCUCUUCAUUUCACAUCACUAUCAUGAAUUGUAUAUUACAUUUCAUUCUUGUUCAACAAUUGUUUUACAGGGUUGUCAUCUUUUGUAUAUGAAUUGUGUUUUCGCAGUCAAAUUUAAACAAAAUGAAUGUUUUACUCGGAUUAAUAAAUAAAUUCAUUUAUGUCGGAGGGAGGCGUAUGUUGUUGAUAUGGCUACAGCCAAGAGUUCCCCUUUGAUUUUUAUGUUAGUCGUUAUCUCUUUGCCCGACGUAUGGGGUUCACCUUUGAAACCUUGAGAUACCCAAUUGACAUACUAGUGAACAUGUAACUGCAUUUGAAUAUAACCAACCUCUUAACUAGGUGUGGUCGAUUGAUAUAAUGUUCGGAUACUCUGAUUUCUCCCCCUUGGCGCACGCGAAUUAUUGAAAUAAAAAUGUAACUAUAGUGGACCACUCUCUAUUUCUCUCAAUUUUGUUAUCAAUACAAAAUAAACCCCAAUGCAUCUGUCCCAAGACCAUCAAUAUGGAUGUCCACAUGGGUAACGUCCGUUUUAAUAAAUAUUCCCGUUGAAUGAUGUCGAAAAUGUCAACGGUAUUUUCCUUUAAUCAAUUAUGACAAUCGAAGGAGCCAAUAAUAGAUUUUUAUUAGGUACAUUAUUUAUUCUUAUUGUUUUUCUGUAGAAUAUAUUAAGUAUAGACACGAAUAUUCUCUUUUAAUUAAU